AAUAUUAUGAAAAAGUAGCUAAUAAAGAUUAUGCAAGUGGACAAUUUAAAUUAGGUUGGUUUUAUGAUAUUGGAAUAAGUGUCAAUAAAGAUUUAAAAAUGGCUGUGUAUUGGUAUGAAAAAGCUGCAAAUAAUGGAGAUUUAGAAGCUAUGCAUAAUCUUGGCCUCAUAUAUAAAAAUGGAGAUGGUGUUGAUAAAGAUCAUCAAAAAGCUUUUGAAUUAUUCAAACAAUCAGCUGAAGGAGGAGAUUCAAGUGGAAUAAUGAUGUUAGCUUAUUGUUACGAUAAUGGAAUUGGAAUUAAUAUUGAUAAACAAAAGGCAGUUGAAUUGUAUCAGAAAGCUGCAAAUUUAGGACAUAUAACGGCUCAAUAUAAUCUUGCUAUUAUAUAUGAAGAAGGAGAUGGUGUUGAUAAAGAUCAUCAAAAAGCUUUUGAAUUAUUCAAACAAUCAGCUGAAGGAGGAGAUUCAAGUGGAAUAAUGAUGUUAGCUUAUUGUUACGAUAAUGGAAUUGGAAUUAAUAUUGAUAAACAAAAGGCAGUUGAAUUGUAUCAGAAAGCUGCAAAUUUAGGACAUAUAACGGCUCAAUAUAAUCUUGCUAUUAUAUAUGAAGAAGGAGAUGGAAUUAAAAAAGAUUUAAAUAAAGCAAUUUAUUGGUAUGAACAAUCUGCUAAACAAGGACAUCAAAAAGCUCAAAAUAUAUUAAAAAAACUAAGAAAAAUUAGAAUUAGGAACAAUUUAUGAUGUAAAUUAUUU